AUGUGGUGUAAAGAUUGCCACAGAUAUGGGAACGUUAGGCACAAACUUUUGCAUAAAGGCAGCAACUUCAUCAUCCAAAAACGUAAAGCUUUAUUGGCUGACAUCAUGAAGAGUCUGGGUUAUUUCCUGCUGCUCAACAUUUUGUCUUGUCUCGGACAAACUGUCUAUGGGAAUGAGAUUAUACAUGGGAAAAAAGUCCAAGAGGACUCGAUGCAGUAUAUGGUCUCAGUGCAAACCAAUGUAGGUCACGUAUGUGGAGGAUUUCUGAUCAAUGAGGAAUAUGUAGUCACUGCAGCACACUGCAGUGGAAAUGAACUGAAGUACGUUCUUCUGGGAGACCACAACCUCAAGAGUUCAAAGAUAAAGAAAGUGCGAGUUAAUUCCACAUGCAAACCCCGUGAUUAUGUGGACUUAGGACAUGGCAAAGACAUCAUGCUUCUUCGAAUGUCUGAGAAAGUUCUUCGAAGCAAUGAUGUGAAAAUGAUUCCCCUUCCUUUGUCUGAAAUAAACUUAAGAGAUAAUCAAGAAUGCUCUGUGGCUGGAUGGGGUAAAACUGAGUCCAGUGAUGACAGUAAUGAACUGAGAAUGGUGAACGUGUCAAUCAUAAACCAACAAAUCUGCCGGGAGCAGUGGGGCAACAACCUUCCCCGCAAUGUGAUCUGUGCUGGUGGAUUUGGUGAAAAUAAAGGCUUUUGUCAGGGUGACUCUGGUGGCCCUCUGGUGUGCAAUGGGAGAGCUGUUGGCGUUGUGUCCUUCAACAGAGGUCUCAACUGUCGCUACCCGGAUAUACCCAACGUCUACACAGAUAUUUCUAAAUAUCUUCAUUGGAUCAACAAAGUUGUGAAUGAAAAGAAAUGUAUAUAGUUCUUUUUUUUCACUGUCACUGUACAUUGAAGCAGAAAUCCUGGCAGUUGUGCAAAUGCGAUGCUCUGAUCUCAAGAUGUUGAAUAAACUCUUGUCUUAGUA